AGAGAGAGAGAGAGAGGACACAAAGAAAGGAGCUUCCUCUUUGGAUCCCAGUCAGAGUUUUGUCUCUUUCUUUGUGUUUCUGAAUUUUGUGCCGUCAGCAGCAGUUUACGCUCUCAUCCCGGCUUCAUGAGCAGCAGCAGUGUGCUUGUUUAGUCCUGUGGUGUUACUGGAGCAUCCCACCCAACACACACACCCACCACUCCGUCAGGAUCUUCAUGUGUCGCAGGCGGCCGUCGAAAGCUCAGUGGACAUGGACCGCCUGAACAGGAACAUGCCGGAGUGUGGACGGCAAACCCGCCAGGUGCUACAGAGCACUCCGUUGGACCUGAUUGAAACCGGAAAGGGGCUGAAGUUCCAGGCAGAGCGCCCCCACCUGGUCAGCUUGGGUAGUGGACGGCUGAGCACAGCCAUCACCCUGCUGCCUCUGCCUGAGGGCCGGACCACACUGGGUCAUGGUCCCAUGGACAUCAGCAUCCAGGGCCCUGGAGUGGCUGCCCAGCACUGCUACAUAGAGAACAGGUCAGGGGUCAUCACGCUGCACCCCUGUGGGAACCUCUGUGCUGUUGAUGGACUCCAGGUCACACAGCCGGUCCGCUUGUCGCAAGGCUGUAUGCUGUGUUUUGGCCAGUCAGCCUUCUUCCGCUUCAACCACCCUGAAGAAGCCUUCAGGAUGAAGAGCAUGGUGCCCCAGGGAGGAGGCGUCUCCACCGGGGACUACAGACUACGUCCAGACACGGAGAGCUUGGUCAAUGGGAAUCACCAGGACAGUCCAGCCCAGUCUCCCGCAGCUCCGGGAGAGAGAGUCCAGUCUGAGCACAGUGCAAUUGUCAGCUCUAUUGAGAAGGACCUCCAGGACAUCAUGGACUCCCUAGUCAUGGAUGACCCCCAGCCUUCUUCCUCGGAGGGCAAAAAGCCUCCUGGAGCUCAACCCAUUCCCCACUCUCCUCUAUCGCCCAUGGUCAAUGGAGGGGGCCGGUAUCUGCUGUCCCCUCCUACCAGCCCAGGGGCCAUGUCUGUGGGGUCCAGCUAUGAGAAUACAUCCCCUCCCUUCUCUCCCCUCUCCUCACCCUCAGCGGCCAGCAGUGGGAGCUUUACCAGCCCGUCUCCUAGUGGAGGACCCCAGGACCAGAGUUCUUCUCUGCCGCCAGUGCCUGUACGCUCCUCUAGCUACAACUUCACCACCCAGCCUCCGCCUGUACCCCAGCCACGGACCAUACUGCCUAACUUUAGCAGCAGUGGGGUAGGCCAGAAGGUUCAGGAAAGCCCCAGGUUGCAGAGGAAGGUCUUAAUAGAGGCUCCUCCAAGCCCCAAGCCAAGCCGCAGAGGGCUAGGUCAAGAUGGCUCUGAGAGCCCACGACAGACCCCUCUUCUGUCCUCUACUGAAUCUCUCAGUAGUAGAAACAUUGUGCCAAGUAGCCCCAGACUCACUCCCAAAUUCCCUACCUGUCCGUCCCCAUCGCCCUCCAGUCCCAGGACCAAGACAGCCACGGUGCUCCAGGAAAGGCCUGCCAGUCCUUUCAGAGAGCAGAACAGCCUAGGUGAUUGCUCCCUAACCUCCAACCCCUCCAGGCAGCUUUCCCAACCCACCAGAGCCUUCCAGCCUCCCCUGGACCCCAUUGUACACAUCAUUCAAGGAUCACCGCUCCAGCAGCAUCCACGUUCACUGCAGCCCCCUGAAAGCCCUCGCAUGGCCAGGAGAAACAUGGAGCUGAACGGCAGCAGUGGAGGGGGCAGCAGUAUGAGAGAACUGCCACCUCUUAGCCCCUCAAUGGCUAGGAGAGGGGUCCCGGUACUCCCAGGGGCGCUCCCAGGAACAGUCCCCACAUUGAGGACUCCAGAUAGCCCCUCAAGUCUGGGCAAGUUUGUCCCAGAGAGUCCAAGGCUCCGACGCAAGUCUGGAUCUACAUCCGAGGAGUCAGCAUGCAGCCGGGGUAUCCGAGCCCGCAGUCCGUCACCUACUUCUAUGAUGAUGGAGGGUGGUGGAGGAGGGGGAGUACGGAAGGCGAGCUUUGGGAAUUCUCUGUCCCCUGCUUACAGUCUGGGCUCCCUGCCUGGCUCGUCCCCUGUAGCCAGCCCCAGGACCCAUAGAAAGAUGUCUGCAGGGAGACUGCACCCUGGCAUGAGGGAGAGGAAGAACAGCAUCUCAGAGAUCAGCGACAAUGAGGACGAACUCCUGGAGUACCACCGACGACAGAGAGAGGAGAGGCUUCGAGAGCAGGAAAUGGAGAGACUGGAGAGACAGCGACUAGAGACCAUCCUGAACCUCUGUGCUGAAUACAACAAAGGAGAGAGCACCGGCCUGGAGCCCCUGGGCUCAGGGAGGACAGGCUUCCCUGGGGGUCUGACAGAUGGCCUGGGGCGGAGGCCGUCCAUGGAGAAUGUCCUCGGGGGGACGCCGUCCUCGGCCUCGCUCCGUCUGCUGCAGAGACAGAGAGAGAGCGACGAGGAGAACCUGAAGGAGGAGUGUAGUAGUACUGAGAGCACCCAUCAGGAGGUGAGGACAUCUCCUGCUCCCAGCACAGCAUCAGCACUGCACAAUGGAGACAGACAGCAUGAGGACUCAUCCGGUUCAGGCAGCGCAGGCCGUCUGGAGCUGGGUUACCUGGAAGACGAGCGGGUUCGCGUUCUUGCUCGCAUCGAUGAGCUUAAAACCCGGCUGAUGGAGCUGGAGCAGCAGCUACAGGAGUCCAAACAAGAGGCGGAGAUGGAGCGCGCCUUGCUGCAGGGCGAGAGGCAGGCGGAGCUCGACCAGAUAGAGGCCGAAACGGACAUCAUCGCUCAGCUGCAGCACAAGGUGGACGAGCUGGAGAGCGCCAUCCAGAGGGAGAAGGAUAAGGAGAGGGCUAAUGUUGAGGCAGAGCGCCGGGCCCUGCAGAGCCUCCAGGAGGGCUACGCUGAGUUGAAGAACCAGCUUCAUAACUGUCCCGAGUCCCUGCGGGAACAGUUGCAGGAACAGCUCAAAAGGGACGGAGAGGCACUGGAAGCAGGAACCAAAAAGUUUGAGGACCUGGAGUUUCAGCAGCUGGAGAGAGAAAGCAGCCUGGAGGAGGAAAGAGAAACCAUCAGCCAGCAGCUGCUCCAGGAGAGAGCAGAGUACCACAGCAGUGUGGCCAAGAGGAAGGAGAAGGUGUCCGCUCUGGAGAACCAGGCCAGCCAGCUCGGCCUGCAGGCAUCCCAGGAGUGUGAGCGUCUGGCCAAAGACAGGACCCUCACGCUGCAAAUGCUCCAAAAGGAGAAGGAGAGGCUGUCAGCCCUGGAGAAGAGAUACCACAGCCUGACGGGGGGGAAGAGCUUCCCCAAGUCCUCCACUGCCAUGAGAGAGGUGUUCCGCUCUAAGCUGGACAGUGAUCCAGGUCUGUCCCUUCAUCAGCCUAAAUCAGGCUCUGCAUCCCCCCUGCAGCACGGAGCAGCGACGCUGGGACGCAACACAAGCUCAAAGAGCCCCCUGCUGGCAGCCAACAGCACUGGCAGCCUGCCCCGGAACCUGGCUGCAACCCUGCAGGACAUUGAGACCAAGAGACUGCUCGCUCUGCAGCAGAAAGAGCCCCAGGCCUCCAGACAGAACACCAUAGAGGGCAGCUCAGCAGGUCAGCAGGUGAUUGAAGAGCAGCGCCGUCGUCUGGCCGAGCUCAAACAGAGAGCGGCGGCCGAGGCUCAGUGUCAGUGGGAGGCGCUCCACGGCUCUCAGACCCACCUCAUGACCUCGUCCUCCUCGUCGCCCUCCUACUCCCCGAUCAUGGCCUGCAGCCCCGCGCUGAGCCACAGCUCUCUAGGCCCUCCCCCUCUGGUUCACCACUCCAUCCUGCACCACCAGCCCCCGUCAGCCGGAGAGCAGCCCUACGACACCCUGAGCCUGGAGAGCUCCGACAGCAUGGACACCAGCGUGUCCACAGGGAACAACUCGGCCUGCUCGCCAGAUAACAUGUCCAGUGUCGGAGGAGUGGACGCCCUGAAGAUUGAGGAGAUGGAGAAAAUGCUGAAGGAGGCGCAGCUGGAGAAAGCCAGACUUAUUGAAUCCCGGGAGCGAGAGAGCCUGGCUCGCCGUCAGAUGCUGGAGGAGGAGAGGAGGAGGAGGGAGGAGGCGGAGAAGAGACUGCAGGAUGAAACUUUCCACAGGCAGCAGCUCGUGGAGAAGGAGGUCAAGAUGAGGUCCAAGAACUUCUCUCAGGCCCGUCCCAUGACUCGUUACCUGCCCAUUCGGAAGGAGGAGUUCGACCUGCGCUCCCACGUCGAGUCGUCAGGCCACAGCGUCGACACCUGCUACCACGUCAUCCUCACAGAGAAGAUGUGCAAGGGCUACCUGGUGAAGAUGGGGGGCAAGAUCAAGUCCUGGAAGAAACGCUGGUUCGUCUUCGACCGCCUCAAAAGGACCUUCUCCUACUAUGUCGACAAACAUGAGACCAAGCUGAAGGGUGUGAUCUACUUCCAGGCGAUAGAAGAGGUCUAUUACGAUCACCUCCGCAGUGCCACGAAGAGUCCGAAUCCCUCCCUGACCUUCUGCGUAAAGACCCACGACCGCCUCUACUACAUGGUGGCCCCCUCAGCAGAGGCCAUGAGGAUCUGGAUGGAUGUGAUCGUCACAGGAGCCGAGGGAUACACACAGUUCAUGAACUGAGAGACGCACGGAGCGCAGAGAGCGACGGCUUUCGGCAGGGACUCUCCCAUCACAGACUGUUUCCAGUCCACAGCGGACACAGCGCCUUGUUUGUUACUUUUCAUUUUUAAUCUCACGCUUUGAUUUUACUACGUAGAUGUUUUCACCUCCACAUUUUCUACAUGAUUCUGUUUGGAUUGAAAAAGGGAGCCCUUGGAGGACACACACACACUACACACACAUCUGUAUAUAAACCAAAAUGUAUACCUGUCAAAGACUUUUAAAAAGCCUUUCUAUAUUGCCAAAUGGAGAUCUUGUAGUUACUGUUUGUUGAACUUUUUGUAUUAUUUGUUUCCUUUCUUUUUUUUUUUUUUUUUUUUUUUUUUUUUACAUAUAGAGAAAAUUGCCAAAUGACAUAAUGCCAAUGUUUUGUUUGAGUGUCCCAUCACGGCUCUGCUCAGUUUAGACAGAAAGAGUUUAAAAGAAUUUUCAAUCAAAAGGUGUAAUCGGUUUAGAAAUAUAUAAAAAAAAAUCCUAUUCAAAAUGUAUGAAUCUAUGAGUAAUAGUAGAAAUAAGUCCAAAAAAAAAAAAAAAGUCCAGCACACGUGACUGUAACAGUGAAACACAGUAAAACGUUGCAUCCUCUAAGACCAGCAGUCACCUCAGUGCUGCUCCAAACACUAAACGCAGACGUUUCAGUCCAUUAAGGCCUCAUCACAUCACUUCACACAGGUUUACCAAAGUAAUUAAAGGUGUUUUGUUGACUUUGACGUUGACUUACUGCAGCUCAGGACUUCACUCUGCAGUCUCACUAUGGUUCGACUAAUAUGGGCUUAGAAAAGCCAGCACUGUCGCCUAAAAAAUAUUUAAAUAUUACUGAAAGGCUCCACUGAACCCAGAGUAUUGAACAUUUUCCAAACUGUUCCUUCCAAACUCUUGGCAUGCAAAUGUGCAUGCCAAGAGUUCGAUGAGAAGAUCAAUCUGUACUUGUCUUAAUAUGAGGCUAGAACCAGUAGGUAGCUUAGCAUAAAGACUGGAAGAAAAGGAAGCAUAAAGAAAUGUAAAAAGCUAGAAUGUAAAUGCAACAAGCUGGAGCUACUUCUUGGUUUGGGCCGGUGAGUUUCACCACUCCUUCUGGUCUUUAUGCUAAGCUAAGCUAACAUCUUCCUGGCCCCAGCUUCAUUCUCUCAGCUCUGGCUGCUUUCUUGUCAACAGCUGAAUGUGACGAUUGAGACCCCUCUUAAAUCUGUUUGCUAAACAUAAAGCUACCUCCUGCGGUUAGCUUAGCUUAGCUAGAGGAGACAGCUAGCCUGGGUCUGUUGUAAAACUCACUAAUUAACGUGUUACACCUCGCUUGUAUAAUUAGUUGGCAGGUUCUGUUCACCUGUCAACAGAACCAGGCUAGCCUCUGCCCUUUGUGUCCGGUGUUAAUGCUAGGCUAAUCUGACUGCUGGCUGCGGCUUCAUAUUUAUCAUACAGACACCAAAGUGGCACCAGUCCUCUUAUCAAACACACAACAAUGUAGAUAAGUGUGUUUCUAAAAAAUUCUAACAUUUUGGGAAAUGUACUUCAUUCAUCACUUCUUCCUUUGACAGCUUUGUGGCUGGAUUUUCACUUUUGUUAUUGACCAUCUGCAUCCGGUCUUUGUGCUAAGCUAGGUUGAACAAGCGAGGCUCAACAUGCCUUUGAAUCAUCUCCAAAUUUUUUACAAUUAAUAACGUCAUCGAAAAAGUGCUGCAUCCAUCCUGUCAGUCGGAUGAUUUCAACACUCAGAGGCUGAAGUCAGAAGGCCCGUGAAUUGGUCCAACCAUAGCUGCAACAUUCUCAGUGUGAACGUGAUGAAUCUGAAUAUGUCACCGUCUGUCUGAUGCCGCCGCGUUGCCAACUCAAGGUGCAAACUGUAAACCUAUGUGCACAUGUGUAAACAGUAAAAGCUCAUAUAUUUGCCAAGUAGCCUUUAGCUAACUUGAUGACGCUGUCACACAGCUAAGAAGCAGCCAUCAUCACUGCCAGCCUGAAGCAAAACCACUAGAGGGCGCUACAGAGACCACGCCGACGCAGGACCGCACCGGAAAAAAUACGGACUAAUGCAAUUCUGAACCGUGCCUUGAUUACGUGUUGUUGUUGAUGCCGCGUCCAGGUCCAGCAGCGCCUGCCGGAAGGCUGCAACGUGUGAAUGCAUUCAUUUGUGUUUGUGAGCUGUAAUGCAGCGUGUGGCCGGGUCUGCACGAGGUUUUCUACACCACCGCCUGCCUGUUAGAGGCAGAGAUACCCAAGGCCCUGAGCACAGUGGGGAUCAGCGAGUUCACUUUAUUAUUAACUCGCAGCAUACAAAAUAUGAAGUAUGUUCAUCUCGAUUAUUGAAGGAACACACAAAUUUUACAUGUCAAAGUCAGUUUACUCAUAUUUCAGACUGUGAGAACAGUUGCAUAAUGUCGUCUGUGGCUUUAAUCAUCAGCUGCAUCAAUUUCAAACUCUCCUGCAAGCUCCCCCGCCUUGUGAUGCUCAAUCGCUGGAGUGCUCCUUUAAAUCUUAACCAAUCAGAGAUGCAGAAAGGAAGUUCCACAAGGACAUUAAACUUAGAAACAGCUGGUUUGCUCAAAAGGAGCUUGAACUGAGAAAAAGGUUUUGUACAUUCAGUAGUGAAGCGUUCACUCUUCACAGCGUAGUUUACGUACUUUUGCUUUGCCCAUCGUACACAGCGUUUGCAGACUGACAGUAGAUGGGCACAAACGGUGAUACGAGACAAUGCACCCUCUUGAAAUUUGGUUAUAAGAUCUACAGCUGUUGGUUUUUACAUUAGUGGUUUGCCUCCCAACAAAAUCUAUUUAGUCAACUUUUAAUUUAAUACCGCAUCACUAUAUUCCAUCGUCAAUGAGAAAAGUUCCUCCUGCUGUGAAUCCCCACUGAGCUGAGGUCUGCCUGCAUGAGAGUGGAUUAAAAAAAAACCUUCAGCUUUAACAGGCUAACCGCCCGGGCUCGCCUGGCCUCUUUGUCGUCAAGUGUUGAUCAUCACAUAGUGAAUCUAUUGAUCGGCCGUGAGCGGAUGCCGGAUGCUGCUCUUGGUUUUGUAGAAGCAGAGGACAAACUAGGCUGUGAUUCUUUUUGGAGCAUGUGGAACUGUGGUUUAGUUUCAUGCGUUGGUACAGUAAUACUAAUUUAUGGUUGUGGUGCCUGAGAUAGUGACACGUUUACUUGGAAAAGAAGAAGAAGACUAGUGAAAAGACCUUAAUAUAUUCUGUCCCCCUUGCCUUGACUUUCCCUGCACAGUGAACAUGUGCAAACCAAACUAUUCAACACUGGCAAGGCUGUGAAAUCAUGUCUGUUGAUAGUAGGUGGUAUAUACAUUACUGUCGUUAUCUAUGUGGAAAAGAAAGGAAACUAAAUAUACUGUAAAGAGGAUGCCUGAAUGAAAAAAUGAUCUUACUAUUGAAAUGAAACAGUAUUGUAUGAAAAGAAGUACAAUUUUUACUUAUUUUUGUCAUUUUAGAAAUUUUAUUGUCAGUCAGUUACAUUUCAAAUUGUAUGGUAGUGAUGUAUCAAUCUACCUGUUUUUUUUUUUUACUGGUACAGCAGAACACACACACACACAAAGAAUAACUCACGUAGCACUCACAAGACUGUAUUUUUGUUUUUCUAGAAAGUAGAUCCUGUUUCUCACACAAACACACACACACACGCUCACAAUCAAUACUCGGACCAUACUGUGUUAUUGGUACCCUGUAUGUCUCAUGCGUUACUUUCACGUAUGAAUAAUAUGGAUUUUGUCAAAUCUAUUAAAAAGAGAACUGUUGCA